UGUGUAAAACUACUUGAGUGUCUUCAUCAGUCUCAGACAUGAGCAGAUUCACUGAUCUCUCGCUCACACUCACUCAGAUCAGAGUGGUGCUUCUCUUCUUCCUGGGAAAACUGAAAUCUGACCGGAAACUGAUGAUAUCGGAACUGUGAAGGAAUCAGUUUUUAGGCUGCUCGGACUCAACUAGAUGUGAUGUGCUGUGUUUACUUUCACUUUCCUUCAAGUGACGUAGAGGCUGAUGCUGAAUUCCCAUUGGCUCAGAGGAUGUCCCCGCCUCACAGUUUGUCCUCGCGUCCUCUGGUUCCUUAUCUUUUCUUCACAGUCCGUCUCUCUAUGUGGAGACAGGAGCUCAUCUACCUUCAGUCCAGUACAGAGGAACACACCACCGCUCACCAUGUUCACUGUUCUUUCCCUGCUUCUACUGACAGGAGCACACAGCGCGACGGCUCGGAUUCACUCUCUGAAGUAUUUCCUUACUGCAUCGUCUCAAGUCCCAAACCUUCCAGAGUUUGUUGGUGUUGGUUUGAUUGAUGAAGUUCAGGUCGGAUACUAUGACAGCAACACAAAGAAAGCAGAACCCAAACAGGACUGGAUGUUAAAGGCAACUGAUUCAGAGUUCUGGGAGAGUCAGACUCAGCUUGGUUUGGGUGAACAGCAGAACUUCAAAAACCACAUUGAAAUCUUAAAGGAGCGCUUCAACCAAACCGGAGGUGUUCACAUUUUCCAGUUGAUGUCUGGAUGUGAAUGGGACGAUGAGACUGGAGAAGUUAAUGGUUUUCUUCAGGAGGGUUAUGAUGGAGAAGACUUCAUAUCAUUGGACCUGGAGACAGAGACGUGGAUCGCUCCAACACCACAGAGUGUCAUCACCAAACUGAAGUGGGAUCAGGAUAAAGCUGAACUUGCGUUUCUUAAGUACUACUACACACAGGAGUGUCCUUCCUUUGUGAAGAAGUUCCUGGAGUACGGGAGGAGCUCUCUGCUGUGAACAGAGCCUCCCAGGAUAUCUCUCCUCCAGAAGUCUCCCUCCUCUCCAGUCAGCUGUCACGCUACAGGUUUCUUCCCUGACAGUGCCACGUUGUUCUGGAGGAGAGAGGGGGAGGAGCUUCAUGAGGACGUGUACCACGGAGAGGUCCUCCCCAACCAUGACGGGACCUUCCAGAUGAGCGCUGACCUGAAGGUUUCAUCCAUCUCUCCUGAAGACUGGAGGAGGUACGAGUGUGUGUUCCACAUCUCUGGUGUGAAGGAGGACAUCGUCACCAAACUGGACAAAGACUCAGUCCAGUCCAACAGAGAGAAGCCCAUCAGUGUGACCACCAUCAUCAUCAUCAUCAUCAUCAUCACUGCAGUGGUCGCUCUCGCUGUCAUUGGACUCAUCGUGUACAGGAGGAAGAAAGCCCAAAGUACCUCACCUGCUGGAAAAGAUCCAGGUGCCUCAGAGCCGCUGAGAUCAGGUGAUGGAGGUAAUAAUUCUCCAAGUGAGACGUCUUCCUGAACACAGUUUAUGGACGAGAAGCAGUGUCACCACAGUCUCCCCCUAACGCUGAGUUUUUAAAACCUCACAUUUACUCAAAGCUGUGAGUUCUAGUGUCCCUGCUCGUCAGGCUCCAGAGGAUUCAAGCAGUUUAUUCAACAGACGUGAAACUGAUCACCCUGAGCAGUGACGUUCUCAAUAUGAACAUUUGAAUACAUUCAUAUCGUCCUGUUGACGACUCACACACUUUCCCGUACUCACUCAGUCACAUUCACUCACUCAGUGUUUGUUCUGUCACACAUCAAUCACACACAUUGUCCACGAAGCUGUCAGGGGUAGUUUUAGCGUUCUGAUUCUUGCUUGUGGACACUUGGGCAUGCGGACAAGAGUAUCUGGGGAUCGAACCUGUGCUCCUCUGGUUAAAAGACGAUCCGGUCUACCUCCUGAGCCACAGCCACCAAAACAUACAGCUGCAGAACCAGAAUUUCUGUCCUGUAUUCAACCUAAACACUCACCUUCAUGACGUUAGGUCCCGUUUCCCCUGAUGAGACAUGAGACGUGUCAUAUCACAAACGUACCAUUUUGUGUUUUGCCAACUUAACUUCAGCAACUUUACAAAUUAAACUUAGUAAAGUUAGUUGAAGCAAAUACGUUUACAAAUCCAUUAAAUAUUCUCUGUUGAUUAUAUUUAUAAAUCGCAUUAACACAAUUUCACAUUUUCAUUUUUACAGUGUAGAAACUGAACAUUUGAUGCUCAUUUUUCUUCUUGUGUCCGGUUUUUAUAAAUAAAUGUUAAAUUAAUCUGCUUUGCUGUUUCAUUUCUUUUGAACUUGUGUUUUUAAUAAAGUCUCUGAUGUUCUCUGGGA